AUGGGCUAUUCUAACGCUAUUCUUGGACUGGGCUCGAUAGCUUUGGUCCUGCUCUUUCCGCCCUUGGCAUGGCACUCAAAGACUAGAAACACACCGGCCAUCAUUCUGAUCGUUUGGCUGAUCAUCAUGAACAUCAAGCUAAUCGUGGACGCAGCUAUUUGGGGUGGUUCUGAUUUUGCUGAAAAAUGGGCCGGCUACGGCUGGUGCGAUUUGAUGACAAAAUUGCAAGUUGGGGCCAAUGUUGGCCUAUCCUGCUCUGUGGCCAAUAUAGCCUUCAAUCUGCACACAAUCUUGAAGGCUGACUCCGUUCUACCAGCACCAAAAUCGUGGAGGAAACUGCGUACAGAUUUGAGCAUCAGUCUCGUCACACCUAUCAUGGUUAUGGGAUUGUCGUAUUUGGUGCAGGUGGCCAGGUUUGGAAUUUUCAGAUACAACGGCUGUCAGAAUCUACUUGCCCCAACGUGGGUCACCGUUAUCGUGUAUACCAUAUGGAUGUUCAUUUGGUCCUUUGUGGGACUCAUGUACGCGAUUCUUCUCCUUUACGUCUUCUAUCGCAAGCGUAAAGAUGUAAGAGACAUUUUGCACUGCACCAAUAGUGGCUUGAACUUGGCACGAUUCGCACGACUCCUCUUGUUUUGCGUCUUGAUUAUUCUGGUCAUGUUCCCAUUCUCGUUCUAUUCCUUCGUGGUGGAGCUCGAACAGCUCACCGGCAGUAUCGAUUUCCAAUCAGCUCACGACAGAUCAACUUGGAACACCGUAGUACGCUUAGAUGUCGGAAAACCACUCUACAGCGUGUGGCUCUACAUCCUAAUGUCUUACUUGGUGUUUGUCGUUUUCGGCCUGGGUACAGACGCGCUCAACAUGUAUGCAGAUUGUGCCAGGUGCUUAGGAAUGGGACCAAUUUUGGACAUCAUUUCGCAUCAUCUCGAAGCAAGAAGCCGGAAUCGGAGUUUUAAAGCUGGCGGCUUUUACAACAACGAGAAAGAUGCUUUCAAAAAUGCAGUUGGCCCGGGCAGUGCCUCUGAUGGCUCCAGUGUCUUCAAAUCUGCAAAAGGCUUCUCUGAUGGUGAAUCAUAUGAAAUUGGGGGUUCUACACCCACGUCUCCAUCUCAUUUUAUUAUCGACUAUGCUCUGCCCAACGAAAGAGCCAACAGGGAAAAGAUGCGGAGAAAUGCCAGUGGAAUCGAUGAUCUGGAUAGCUUGCCUUACAUCGCACAUCCGACAGCACCUAUAAGUUUUGACGAAGAUAUUCCAUUAGGUGACCAGUCUUACCAGAAUCCAACACCCAGUCACGCCUCUUAUCAGUCGUAUCGCCUGCACUCUUUCACGGACCCUCGAACCGCCAAAGACUUUAAAGAAGACGAGCGUUUGAAACCUGAUCCUACUGAUCCGUCUGUGUCCAAUUUUCAAGAAGUCUUACAGUAA